UAAAACUUCCGCAUAAUGUGGCUUACCGGAAGUCUGCGUUGGCAACAGCUGAUUGUGAGGAUGGACUCUCCCGAUGUGACAUUUACUUUGGCGUAUGUUGUGUUUGCAUUUUGUUUUGUAUUUACCCCAAAUGAGUUUAGAUCAGCAGGCUUUACUGUUCAGAAUUUGUUCUCUGCGUGGCUCGGGAGCGAAGACAUAGGUUUCGUCCAGUAUCAUAUCAGGAGAACGACCUUAACCCUCGUAGUCCAUUGCUCGCUGCCUCUUGGUUACUAUUUGGGUAUGAGUGUAGCUGCACCAGAUAAAAAUCUGAUCUAUGUUUACCUGGCAAGCAAUGGAUGGCAGCUGUACUUCACCGUGUCUGUCGCUGUCUUUCUUCUGAACGGCUUCAUUGCUCUCUACUGGUCUGGAAAUAAAUGGGGGAAUCACCCCAUCUCAAAAACCCUGGGCGCGCACGCCUUAGCUCAAUCCAGCUGGAGAGCUGUAGCCUCCUCUAUCAACACGGAGUUCCGCCGCAUCGAUAAGUUCGCCACGGGUGCGCCCGGUGCCAGAGUCAUCGUCACGGACACCUGGAUCAUGAAGGUCACCACCUACUACGUGCAUGUGGCCCUGCAGCAGGACACACACCUGACAGUCACCAGCUCCAAACAGCAUGAACUGUCACCGGACUCAGGCACGCCAGUGCAGAUCCUCACCCUUAGUGUGGCCAGUAUCAAUCCCAAUGUCAAGCCCUUUGACAUCAGGUUAAAUUCCACUGAGUACACUGAGCUACGAGACAAACUGCAGGCUCCGGUGAGGAAUGCAUCCAAUGUGGUGAUCCACCUGACCAUGAGCGAGCUCUUCCUGGAGACGUUUAAGUCCUUCGUGGAGCUCAACCAAGUCUAUGAACACACCAGUGGUCAGGAGCUGGAGGCCUGUAUCGGCUGCAUGCAGGAGAUGGCCGACAUCAAGCUGCUGCGCCUGUGCCCUGGAGAGGCUGAGGGCGAGGGCGAGGGCGAGUGCCAGCAGUGCUACUGCCGCCCCAUGUGGUGCCUGACCUGCAUGGGCAAGUGGUUCGCCAGUCGGCAGGACCAGCAGCGGCCCGAGACCUGGCUGGGCAGCAGGGUGCCGUGCCCCACCUGCAGGGCCAAGUUCUGCAUCCUGGACGUCUGCAUGGCCCGCUGACCCGGCCCAGACCCGGCCCAGAGGUGUAAGGAUGGAUGGUUCAGAUGCCAUUUUGAGAGACAAUUCAAAGAUACUUUCAAAAGACAAUGGAAAUGGACAUGAAUCUAAAAAACCUGUUGACGGUUGGAGGCUCUCGGUUGGAGGCUCUCGGUUGGAUUGGUUCUUGCUUUCUAGACGGGAAUAGACUUCCACAUGUAGGAUGUCUUAUGAGCUCUUUGUUGUUUGUCUUUUCCCCUUCAUCACACCAGGAAGAGAAUGCACCUUAUAUGUGCCUUCUGUCCAUUCACCUCGCUCUUUCAGGCUAUUUCACAAACCACAUCCUUCAUCCUACCUUCUCUGAGACUUUUAGAAAUUUAAGUGCAUACGGUAGAUUUUUUUAAAUGUUAUUUUCAUUUUGAAUGAGUUGAACUUUCACAGCUCUGAUUCUUCAAAAGGCCGAAGAGAAGCUAAAGGACUGAACUGUUUUGUUCUCACAAGGCUAACAGUACCAAAGGUGUCUACAUCUGGACACUAAGACAAGGCACAGACACUGGAAAUAUGGCUUUCAGUAUUGUAUGUUCAUUGUAAAGGGGCAAUCAUACAGUGUCUUUACCGGGGGUAUGGGCUUUUUUCAUGAUCGCAGUCACUGCUUAUGGACAGGAUAUGACAUAGUGUGUGGCAGCAGCAGGCUGAAACUAGUGUCCGUGUCUCUUGAGUGUUUGUUGUCAUGGGGAUGUGCCCAAACACAUGACUGAGCGUCUGGAAUGAAUGAUCGAAGCCUGAUCGCAACUCUGUGAUUGUAUCAAAACGUUGGAGGAGGUUUCUUGUUUACAAGUUCUUAUAUUAACGUGUCCUUAAAAGGGAUGAAGUCACUUAAGUUUGCUAGCAGUUAGAAAAUGGUUAGAAAACAUGGUUAGAUACACAUUUAGCAGUUGAGGCUUGUACUGGCUUUUAUCCUGAUUUUACACCAUUGGUAAGGAUGGAAACCUCCACAAUUUCGCAUUCUUCAUUACAAUUUACCAAAAUAUGUUCUGUUUUGUUUCAGUUGUAGAGGAUAUCUCCAGAAUAUGUCUAGUAAGGGUUUUGGGCUAAUAUUAAUGGCAGUCACAGCUUUUUGACUUAAUAAAAGGUUCUGUGUGGGUACUGUA